AACUUCAAGAUCCUGAUACUGAUGCUCCCACCCAUCUUUUUAUUUAAAUUCCACUCGCAUUAUGAGCGCGUAAAAGUAUUUUCUUGCAAGCUUUCCAUUUAAACUCCGCCAUCAAUAUCCUGAAAAAGAAAAAAGAAAAGCUUCAGGUUGGUUUACUAUAACCAAGAUUCAAGAAACAAGAAACAGCACAAAGCCAAAGUAUUUUUUUUUUUUAAAGAAAAAAGAGAAGAAGAAGCUCAUCAUCAAGAACUAUAAGAACGAGAAAACAAGAAAAGAAAUGGGAGAUAUUAAUCCUAUGUAUAAUAGGUGUUCAUCAAUAUAUUCAACAGGAGUGGUUCAUGAUCAUGAUCAUCAUCACCGUUCAUCAGAUGAUUUCUCAGUUUUUCUUAAUCAGAUUCUUCUCCGUUCUUCUUCUACUUCGCUAUCUUCGACGAUGACGACGACAACGACGUUGUCGUUUGCAGCAGCAGCGCCGGUUUCUAUGCAGCUGCAAGAGAGUUGUUAUCCUCAUCAUCACCGUUCAUGCGUAUCAACUGUACAGUUUGGUGAUGGAGUGAACGUUGGCUAUUUCUCUGGAAAUGUGAGAGGCAGUAGUAGUACUGCGGCAAAUGCAUCGUCUUUGUCCAUUGGAGGAGGAGGAGCUAGUGAGAACGAGACUGAUCAUGAGUGUGACUGUGAAAGUGAGGAGGGUCUUGAAGCUUUGAUAGAAGAGGUACAGACAAAGGCAGCUCCUCCACGCAGUUCAUCCAAGAGAAGUAGGGCUGCAGAAGUUCACAAUUUGUCUGAAAAGAGGAGGAGAAGUAGAAUAAAUGAGAAAAUGAAAGCGCUGCAGAACCUAAUUCCGAAUUCUAACAAGACUGAUAAGGCUUCAAUGCUUGAUGAAGCCAUUGAAUAUCUCAAGCAGCUUCAGCUCCAAGUACAGAUGUUAUCAUUGAGAAAUGGAAUAGGUUUGCAUCCAAUGUGCUUGCCUGGAGUGCUGCAACCAACCCAGUUCUCUCAAUUCAGCAUGGGAUUUGCUGAGGAAAAUGGAUCUCAGCAUACUAAUGUAGCAGGCAGUCUUCCUCUAAACCAAGAAAAACCAGAACAAACCGUCUUUGAUAUUCCAAGCCAAUGUGGUGUCUCAAACCAGCUAUCAGUACCCAACAUGUCAAAUGUAAUACAUUCACAAACCUCAUUUGGUAUGGAGUCAUCUGUCCGGGCUCACUUUGGGCCCUUCCCGCUGCAAACAUCUUCUGAGGUAAGUUUGAAUAUGAUUCUUAUGCGUAUCUUCAUGUGGAGGCAGAUGAAGUAUGGCCAUCUCACAUGCUUUCAGUUGAAGGAAAUUUGCAGGGAAGAUGUCUUGCCACACCAACAGCUUAACGCAGAACAUUCAGAAAGGAUUCCCUUGGCAUUUGAAAUGCCAGCAACAGCUACUGCAUCACAUCCCUUUGGAAAACUAGCAUCUAAUUUAAAAGACAGCAACUCCUUCGGAGCAUGCAUAAUUGGAAGGGAUCAAAAUGAAUGCUUAUUCUUAAAGAACAUAGAACAUAAUCUUCUUGGCUUAUGCAUUUCAAUUACCAGGAUGCAAACAGGACGAAGUGCUCCGGAUGAUGACGAAAUUAAGAUAGAAAGACAGGAGAUCCUGGACUGAUAUGUUACUAAGCUAUCUGUGUGUAUUUUUCUAGCUACGAUACAAUGGCCUCAAUCUUGAAAGAAAUUAUUAUAUGUUUUGUACAUGCAUCCAGCUGUGGUUGAGCAGAACUUUUGUCUUCAAUGCUUAAGCAUCAAUGGUAGGAAACAAGACCAGUUAGGAACAUCUUCUCAUCGUGUAAUUAAGUAACUUCAGUAUCCAAUUUGUUAGCUUGAUUAAACACUAUAUAAUAUGUGAGUUUCUGACAAGGGCUGGGAAAACUAUGUUCCUGUCUUCCAAGUUCAAAGAUUCCAGUUA